CAGAGACUACGGGGACCAGGACCAAGGCUUUGAUCUUCACAUAGCUCCCUUAAAUCACAGAGAGGAAGCGGGGAUUUUCUCCAAAGGGUCUCUCUGUGCUCCUAUUCCCCAGGAGGACAGAGCCAAGUCAUCUAUGAAAGUGAGUGAAUUGCAGAGCAAAACAGUGCUCCCCAGGGUGCAGAAACAGAUACUCCGCCAGUCACUUUGCCGCUCUGCAGAGGAGCUCUGUGAUGAAAAAUGUAUAACUGUAUGA